AAAAUGUCUUCUGGAAAGUUUACCAACAUUACUGUUUCAUCAGAAAAUGUGACGCAAUACAGUUCUCUAGAGCCUGGGGAUCAAUUAGCAGUUGAGGGAGAGAUGUCGGGUAUUGAUUACUACCACCAUGGUAUUUUCAUCGGUCACAAAGAAGGUAUCAUCGAUUUUGGUGGACCGGACAAAAAGAGUGCAACGGUGAGGCGAGUUGAUCUGCUUCAAUUUACUGAUUACGGAAGAAGAAGACUUGUAAGAAUUACCUAUCCUGAGAAAGAUCAAUGCCUUCCUCCGGAAGAUGUCGUUUGGUACGCAGAAGGGUUGUUCGAAAACCCGCAUAUUUGGGGACCAUAUGACAUCAUAAAAAACAACUGCGAACACUUUGCUACAAAAUGCAAAACUGGCAUUGCAGUAUCUAAUCAGGUCAUUCAAAAAAUUAGAGAUUGCAUUCAAAAUCCUUUUCAAAUUUUCAAAUAUGCGGUGUCUUCAUCCAAAAUGUCUUCUGGGUCUCUUUCUCGGAAAUGAAAACCUAAUCAGUCUGAAAUCCCAGUAUGCUAAUCAUUGCUUGGAAUAAUUAAGAGAUUUCA